UUUACCAGAACCUAUGCCCGGUACGUAUAAAAAAUUCAGGAAAGUUUAUCAUCAAUCAACUGUUGGUUUAUAAGUACUUGGCAAUAAUUACCUUACUUCCUUAGAAUUUAUUCACGUUCUUAGAAAUACAACAUACGCUCCUAUUCUAUAGUGAAAUAUUUUUCGGGUUAUAAAAGCGUAAAAAAAUCUUUCUUUGAGGUAAAGCUGAUGGAAAAAAUGUAGGAGAGAUUUUUUUAACGAUCUGAAGUGUUUGUCCAUUUAGGAUAUAGAUUACCAGCGUUCGCUAGUUCCGCGCGCGAUUGAUUAUUAGCACGUGCUUUAUGUUAAAACGAAAACCUUUGAAAACCUAAUUACCCUCGUCUUCUGUUUUGGUAGCUGCAGAAACACGAGGUAAAGGAGUUUUACCUUUGCUCUUAGCAAAUUAAGCGCUACGGUCUUAACAAUAGAUUUGUUUCUCAACAGCAUGAAAAGCUAGGAAUAACCAGGCAAAAAAACAAUAAUAAUAAUAAAACGAAGAGUGGAACUUAUGCUAUGUUUCGGGUCUAUCAUGGGACAGAGGAUCGCAAAGCGACAUUCAGAACGCGGAGUAUCUCUCUACAACCAACAGAAUUAUGCUGAGGCGUUGCUUGAACUUGAAGAUGCAUGUAAAAAACUGACCAAAGAAGAGGAUAUUUUUAGAAAUUUAAAUUAUCUAUGUUUGGUGUAUAUGGAGCUGGGUAGAUACCACGAUGUUUUAUUAUGUGCAAAACGUCAGGUAGUCGUUAGCGGUCAGAUGCAGAAUGAUGCCCUGCAGGCAGAGGCCACCUUUAACAUGGCACGUGCUUAUGAAAGAUUAGGGGAGUAUCGAACUUCGGUGUCUCUAUGCACUAGAAGUUUAGUGUGCAAAAAUCUUGUAGAUAUGACCCCGCUUUCAGGAUAUGCGCAUUUAUGUCUGGCAAAUAGUUAUUACGGUCUCAGUGAAAUUCGGAGGAGUUUAAAACACUAUGAUAAAUCAGCACAUGUUUCACGGAUUUUGUGUGAUACAGUGUUGGAAUUACGAGUUUUUAUGGGACUUGGGCAACUCUUUAUGACGUUGCAAGACAACGCCACCGCCCUUCAGCAUUACGUCAGAGCGUCUGAAAUAGCUCGGCAAUUUUCGGCGAAUCAUCCAUGUGUAAAAUAUCAGCGUCGCGUGGCUGUUGAGAUGGCAGUAGUUUAUGCCAAACUUGGUCGACUCGGGGAAGCACUGGAAAUAUGCGAGGAAGCCAUGAAACAGGCGCUCACCCAUGGUGACCGGCUCGUGCAGGCGAGGUGUUUACUCAAUUUUGCAGAAAUUCACCGAGAGAAACAGAAUUACCAGAGAGCGUAUCCUAGAUACCAGUCAGCAUACGCCAUCUCUAUGGAGACAGGUGACCGGAAGUGCCAACUUGACGUACUUUCCGGUAUGGCUCUGUGUGUGUUUGGUUCACAAGAUAUGGAACAGGCUGUAGAACUGAACGAAAAAGUACUUAAAUUAUCACAAGAAAUAGAUUCUAAGCUCGAUAUGUUGGAGAGUCACCGACGACUUUGUGAUAUCUACAUGUAUCUAGAAUCAUCGGAAUUUUCUCAACUGCACGGUUUUCACGUGCGCCAGCUGUUGAAUGAGUUACAGCUGUAUUGUGGGGUGUGCACGGAAAUCAUUGGAGCAAAAGAUGAAAAGUUACGUCCCCUGCCCUGUUACCAUAUCAUACAUGAAAGAUGUUUGGUCCACCUCUACCGUCCUACGUCAUCAUCAACGUUGUCGUUACAGAGACGUCGCCCCUGUCCCACGUGCAGACACAGGACGUCGUCUAACCCGAUAUCUGACGAGGAAUUUUAAAAACUUUACUGAUCUCUUACCGCUUAUCACAAAAAGUGUUCAAAACUGUUCAAUAGUUAGGUGAUUAUAUUGAAUUGCAUGUUUUAUUUAUAAUUUAUAUAUCAUUAUUUAUACGAAUCAUAUAUUAUCCGUUUAGAUUGAAGCUGAGACAGAAAAUUUAGAAUGUGAAAUACCCGAUAUACUGUUUUAAACAAGAAAUAGUACAUGUAUAUAUAGACUGGAUUUUUCAAAACCUGGUGUUACCAGAAACUUUGAUUUAUUAGACCUAUAUUUUUAGAUACGAUUGGAAAAAGGUAUUUGUUUAAUCUAAAUAUGGCUUCCACAAUGUCAGGUAUAAAUUAGACAUAUAUCGAACAAAAGCGACAACAGGAAUCAUGAACGCUUCACGAAAUGUUUUAUUAUUGUCUUAUCUGUUGUAAUAGCACUUUGUCUUUCUUUGAUCGUGGUAAAAUUAAUUAAAACUUACUUCUUAUCCGA